AUGGGCGACUCGGGCGUUCCUAUGGUGGUAGACAACUGGAUAGGCGCCUCCAGAGCCGCCGACAUCGACUUCAAAGAUCUCGUUGAAGAAGUAUUCGACGAGUAUAUCGCCAACGAGAUACCAAUUCGUCUAAUUCAUAUCAGCAAAGAUAACCAGGGGCUGAAUUUCAAACUCGUGGACAGGACUUUCGUGAAGAAACACUUCAAAAAAGUUCCUGAUGAGAUUUACAGAGAACUACGCAAUGAAAGGCUGGUGGAUAGGGAGCGCCGUAUCAGGGAGCGGGUAAAGGAGACACUCAAAUACGCCAUCUUCUCCCAUAGAUGGCUGUUUAGCGAGCCUUCGUACCAAGAUAUGCCGACGGAGCCGAUGAGAGUCCGGGCUGAGCCAGAGCCUAAGUGGAAGAAGCUUCAAGAAUUUUGCCGCAAAGCGAAGGAUGACCAUGAUUGCGAAUUCGCCUGGUCAGACACAUGCUGCAUUGACAAAUCAAGGAGUGCGGAGUUGGACGAAUCCAUCCGUUCCAUGUUUCGCUGGUACAGGAAUUCCCACAUAUGCAUCGCACACCUGUCGGAGACGGCAAACCUUGCGGCUCUUGAAAGGCAGCAGAAGGGCGAAAAAGGUGGUGGAGCAAAGGUAGAUGUUUGGUUCACAAGAGGAUGGACGCUUCAAGAGCUCCUUGCUCCAUCGCAAAUCAAGUUUUACGGAACGGACUGGCAACCCCUCAUACCCCUCUACCACUCCAAGAGCGACAGAAUCAGCGAUACCAUCAUGCGAAAGAUAUCAAAAAUCACGCACAUUCCUCCCAAAGAUCUUAAAUCGUUCAAACCUGGCACAGAUCGAGUGCCGGAAAAGAUGUUGUGGGCAUCGAAGAGGAGAACGACUCGCAUCGAAGAUACCGCAUAUUGCCUCAUCGGAAUAUUCGAUGUCAGCCUCAUGGUCGCAUACGGCGAGGGGAACAGGGCCUUCUUCCGUCUCAUGGAGGAGAUAAUUAAGAGAUACGACAAAUGGGACGUGUUUCUCUGGAGUGGCAAAUGCUCCUACUACAAUGCUGCCCUUCCCUACGCUCCACAAUGUUAUCCUGUGGGAUAUCAGGAAACGCUUGUGAAGCGCCCACACGAAGUAGGCAACGAGGAGGAAUGGAAUACCGCAAGCUGUGAGAUUGGAGAUAGGCUCUUUGCCUUGACCAACCAUGGCCUCCGAAUCAAAGUACUCCCUCUGUCUGUCAUUCUACAUGACGCAAGAGACGAGAUGCAUGAUUCGAGAUACCUUACCUUCAGGCAUGCGGAGUUCAAUCAUGAUGUGGUGGUGAGGCACAUUGGUACAAAGCGCGAGCCUCAUACCACCUGGGCAAUAGCUAUCCUGGACUACUGGGUCAACGGCAGUGGGAAGGGUUUCAUCGACAGGGCCAGAGGGGACCCAUUCACUGCGUUUCUUUUGUCGAUGGACAAAUUACAUGCAGCUCCAGAUGUAAGGUGGAAGAAGGAGAUGACAGAGGAAGUCAUCAAAAUUCGACCAACCGACCACUAUGCAGACACUUUGGUCCAGUUGUACCUUUGACGACGUGGCCUUUGCUCAAGCUCAAGGCUUAUGCUCAUCGAAACCCUUUCACCUCAGGCUCGAGCUUUGAAGUUUAGAGUAGUAUACUAGUAGCGGAGUUACAAUUACUAAAUCACAAUUUAUGUACUACCGAAUUCCGAGAACGUG